AUGCUGGGCCUCCUUGAGAAGGUCGCGUCGAUGGACUCCGAGCCCUCGCAGAACAUGUCCGAGCACUUGGGCGCGCUCCCGUUCUCAUCGAGGAAGGGGGUAUCGCCCGCUGCAGCCGCGAUCGACUCUACUGGAACGACGAGAAAAUGCUGUGCCCGUUGCAGGGGCCGUCUGCAGCGGAGGCUGGAGUGGAACCGGUGCGGGCGGGGCGUGCAUCUCGCUGGCUUGCUGCUGGUUUCAAGUGGCAAGGUGAUGAUGAUGGACGCUUUCGUCUGCCGACCUUUCUGCGGUGUAUUCAUCUUCGGGCUCCUGGCAAGCACCCCCGCGGCUCGCGCGGGUGCUCCUGUGCGGAGCUCCAGAAAGGGCAGCACUGCGAGUACUGCUGCUCUCCCUGCCGGUUCGCGGACAUCAGCUGCAUCAGGGAGACAGGCGGCCAUCGUCGUCCUCCCACCGGCCUGGAGAGAGAGAGACAGAGAGAGCUGA